AUGCCUCGCUGGAAGCGCAGUAAACCACGCCCCGAGAAGGAUGCAGCGACCAGCGGCGGCAAUUCCGGUGUAUCUUCCGACUCCCCUGCAGCCCAUUCUACUGCUGUGGCCUCCCUUCGCGCUGUUAGUGGCUGCUCUCCCGAUGCCAUAAGAACGACAGCAGUAACCCAAGACCAGGCACCAUCCGACCCGGAAGCGAUUCGAAAGCUAGCCAAGCAACACGCCGAGUUCGGACCCCUGGGCGAUCCGUCGCAUCUCUACACCAGCGAGCAUCCUGGCGGAGAGAUCCCUGAUCCGGUCAUUGAUGAGCCUCCGUACUUCUUCGUUCUGACCACCUACGUCAGCUUCCUCGUGCUAAUCUUCCUCGGCCACUUCCAUGAUUUCGUGGAUAAGUGGUUUCGCUCCCAUACGUACCGCCACUUGAAACCUCAGAAUGGCUAUGCGUCAUUGUACAGCGAUUUCGAGAGUUUCUAUACGCGACGCUUGAAGCAACGGAUCAAUGACAUGCUUCGAGAGGCCGAUCAUUGGUGUUCCGGGCCGGCAUGUUACGCUGUUGGACCGGACGACUGAAGACAACCUCCACUUUAGACUUACGGGCACGACGACGGAUACGCUCAAUCUGAGUUCGUAUAACUAUCUGGGUUUUGCUCAAUCGGAAGGCCCAUGCACCGACUAUGCCGAGGAGGUACUCCGGCGGGAUGGCAUUUGCAUUGCAUCGACCCCCGAAGGGGGGAUUACAAAGCUGCAUGCCGAGGUGGAAGAUCAAAUUGCUCGCUUUGUGGGGAAGGAAGCCGCAGUUGUGUUCUCCAUGGGCUUUGUGACGAAUGCGACUAUCUUCCCUUCCAUCAUGGAAAAGGGAUGUCUGAUCCUGUCCGAUGAACUCAACCAUGCAUCUAUCCGAUUUGGCGCUCGUCUGUCUGGCGCGGCCAUCCAGGUCUUCGCGCACAACAACAUGGCUGACCUGGAAAAGCGUCUCAGGGAGGCAAUCUCUCAAGGUCAGCCCCGCACGCAUAGGCCAUGGAAGAAAAUUCUUGUUACCGUGGAGGGUCUGUUCUCCAUGGAAGGUACCAUGUGCAAUCUUCCUCGGAUACUGGAAUUGAAGAAGAAAUACAAGUUCCACCUGUUUGUGGACGAGGCACACUCCAUUGGAGCCGUUGGACGUACGGACGCCGGAGUCUGUGACUACUUCAAAGUAGAUCCGGCAGAGGUCGACAUCCUGAUGGGAACAUUCACCAAGUCCUUCGGAGCCAACGGUGGCUAUAUCGCGGCCGACAAAGCCAUCAUUGACAAGAUUCGCUGCACAAACGCUGGUCAAAUAUUUGGAGAAGCACCGUCGCUUCCUGUUCUUGCUCAGAUCUACUCCUCGCUGCGACUCAUUGCUGAUGAGGAUCCUCUUCACCCGGGCGAGGGACGGGAGCGGAUGCAGCGCCUCGCCUUCAACUCGCGCUACCUUCGGCUCGGAUUGAAGAGACUGGGUUUCAUCGUCUACGGACACGAUGACUCUCCAAUUGUGCCAUUGAUGCUGUACAAUCCGGCCAAAAUGCCUGCCUUCUCGCGAGAAAUGCUGCGUCGCAAAAUCUCCGUGGUUGUUGUGACCUAUCCUGCCACGCCCCUGGAGCUGUCUCGGGCGCGACUCUGCAUCUCAGCCGCCCACACCAAAGACGACCUGGAUCGCAUCCUGCAGGCGUGCGAUGAAAUCGGCGAUGCGUUGGAGCUGAAAUUCUCUUCGGGCAUUGCAGGUGGCUUGAGGGAACCAUUGUCUGCGCACGAUAGCUCCAAGGGACCCAGGACGAUUGAGCCUCCCCGUUGGCCUCUCGAAGAGGUCAUUGCCAGGGGCACGCACGACGCAAAUCAACCGUUAUACUAA